AACAUUGACCAUGGUUUCGCUACUAAAACAUAGUUUAGAUUGUGUUUGUGUGCUUGUAUAAGUGUUAGUCAGUACGCCAGAAAGCAUGGUUUACUAUAAUAAAACCUCUUCUUUGUCAUAUUGAUUAACCAGGCUCCUGUCAGAGUGCUUCACAGAGAAAUGAAGUACAAUAAAAAAGGAAAGUAGCUUUACAUGAUUAACGUUAAACUUCAAUGUAGUAAUGGCAGUAGUUAAACUAAAGAAGGGUUUGUAUGGUGAGAUGUCCAAAAGAGUAGUCCAGGGCCAAAUCAGUAGUUCUCACAGCCUGGGGUUAUAUAGCAACAGAUCUCAUUUUGUGAGAUUAGAGCCUAAAUAAAAGCAGUGAGUCGAUGCCCUAAAGGCCAGCAUUGUGCUAGAUUUAGCUCACCUUCACUUCUGAUUUGUGUCACAUUGAUAACAUUGUAAUGUAUUGUUGCAUUACAAAAAUACAAUAUAAGUGUUACAUGACAAUAACGUUCAUAUCAGCUUAUUAAAAAUUUAAUUAGUUUAAUUCUGCGUGUCUCUCCGUAUUCACUGGGAUUUGUAUACUGUUUUUUUGUUUUUAGAUUAAAAUGCCACCACGAAUCAGCCCUCUUAAGGAUGCCAUGCAUCAUGUUAUCACAAAGUCUGACAAAACUAAAUUAGAGGUGAAGUACAUCAAUGCGGUGAAAGGACGUGGACUAUGUGCAAAAGGUUCCUUCUAAGGAGAUUUUAUUGUGGAGUACAGGGGUGAACUUAUAAAUUAUGCAGAGCUGGAGAGAAGGAGAAAACUCUACCACCCAUCCUGUGCUGUUUUUAUGUUCGAGUUUAAGUGGAGAGGGAAAACGUGGUGCAUUGAUGCAUCUAGAGAAGAUGGAUCAUUUGGGCGGUUAGUUAAUGAUGACCACCAACAUCCUAAUUGUAAGAUGAAGAAAAUUGAUGUGAAUGGAAAGCCACACCUGUGUUUAUUUGCGCUGAAAGACAUUAAAGGAGGAGAAGAAAUCACGUACGAUUAUGGGGGAGACGACUGCCCAUGGAGAACCCAAAAGAGCAGUGUUGCUGCUAAUAGCAGAGCAGCAGAUGACUCUGAUCCUUCUCUCCAAUCACAGACUCAGAUGGAGGAUGCUUCUGGUCAAACCAAGUCUCCUCAACAGAAGAGCAGUGUUGCUGCUAAUAGCAGAGCAGCAGAUGACUCUGAUCCUUCUCUCCAAUCACAGACUCAGAUGGAGGAUGCUUCUGGUCAAACCAAGUCUCCUCAACAGGUACAGUCACUUUUAUCACUGGAAAGUUAAGUCUGCAGUCUGUUUCUGCCAUGUUUGGAGCAUAUUUUGGUGCGUAUCUGCUAUAAAUGAGUUCACUCAACACUUUAUCGACAUGUGUCCAGUAGUUUAGUGGUAGUGGAAUAUUUAAGGCCAGUUUUGUCUCGCAAACAAUUUUUUUUUCUUGGUUAAUUGUUGCUUUAAAAUGUACACUCACGACGUCCCCACAACACACUUUCAGUCGCUCAGUGUUGGAGUUCAGAUUGUGUGUGAAAUGAGAUGAAUCUGGUCCCCAUAAGGAACAAUAACGUUGUGUGUGAAAGGUCCUCAUGAGGCCUGUUUCGCUCAAGAUGAGUGUGUGAGCGCAGACCGAGGAUGCUGGACAGGAAUAAAAAAAAUGUUUCUCUCUGAGCUCUGGUCAGCUUUUUCAUUUUCAAAUACAAUAGUAAUGUCAAAUUGUUUAUCCUUUGUGUUUACAGAUUGUGACACAGCGGCAAAAUGAAAAUGAGAUUCUUGUGCCAAGACUGAGACGGACUAAAAGUAUUAUAGUAAGUUUUCAAGUCACAACAAGAGACUUGAUAUCAAUUUUUUUUAAUCAUCAGAUCAUUCUCAUUAUCCGUAACUCUGUGGAAUGGUGUAAAAUAAUUUGUAUAAUGAUAAUAUAUUUUUGUGAUAUUGACUGCAAAAUAUCAGAAUAAUUACAA